AUGGCGGCCAACGGUGACGUCUCCUCCGUGCCCCGCUCCGAGUCCCCCACUGGAUCGCCUCGCUCCGCGUCCAUUUCCUUACAUGCCGCUGCCGCCUUGAAUGCCGGCCUGCAACGAGAACCUUCACGCAGAUCGUCCAACAGCUCUCUAGCUCGCAGCCUCGCAUCUCCGUCCAGCCGGCGUCGAUCAGCCAUCCUCAUGAAUCUCCAGCUCAACGACCCUGCUGUGCCAGCGCCCGGCGAGAUGUUCCACGAUCCCAUGAGGGCAAGCCCGCAGCCCUACAGCGGCGGUGCACCGCCAGAGUCGAGCCGCCAUAUCAGAACGCCGAGCUUGGGUGAGCUCCAUCAAGAGCUUGAGGCAGAGCAGGAGGGCCAAGUUAAUCGCCUCUUGAACAUGAUCCGACAGCAACAGCUAGAGCUUCAGCGUCUCCAAGCAAGCAACCCGAACGCAUCCGCAGCAGAGGAGAGUUCUGCCACUCCUGAGCGGCCGCAGCGCUCGCUUCCUGUCCCCAUCUCGACCCAAUCGCCAACCGGGAACCCCGGCGCAUCCGUUUCUGGCUCCUCCUUCUCUAGAUCACCAAUCUUCCCUCAUCAUCGCAACUCUAUGGAGAUGGCUCGUGCCGACAUUCAGCGCCGGUCUAGGACGCCGAGCCGAAACGCCUCGCCUCGACUUCGGGCGACUUCCAUGAGUGCCGAAAGCGGGGACUGGUCUCUGUUCCGGGACGAAAGCGCCUUCUACCAGGCUGAGACGCAAAUGCUGACCCGCGAAAACCAGAUGCUCCGGCAUCGAAUCCGUGAACUGGGUAAGUUUGGUUGCUCUUCUUCGUGA